AUGGGUUCUGCUUCACCAUUCAAGAACGUCCUUCUCUUCGGUGCAGGCGGUGAUCGCAUCGGCUAUCAUGUCUUGAACGCCUUGACGAAGGAUGGCUCGUUCAAUGUCACCGUUCUUGCUCGGGACAGCUCCAGCAGCACGUACCCGCCAACCGUCCAGCUGAGAAAGGUCUCGGACGACUUCCCUCAUGACGAACUGGUUCGCGCCCUUCGAGGCCAGGACGUGGUGGUCUCGACCAUUGGGUUGCUGGCUCAAGCGAACGAGUACAAGCUCGUCGACGCAGCUGUUGAAGCUGGGGUCAAACGCUUUAUUCCCAGCGAAUGGGGGAUGGACAACAGUGAUAUCAACAACCAGGAGUUGUGUCCGGUGUUCAAAGGAAAGGGAGAGAUGGAAAGGUACUUACGCUCGAAGGAGAGUGAAGAUUUCUCGUGGACCGCUCUGGCUACGAGCAUCUGGCUUGAGUGGGCAUUGGAAACAACCUUCCUAGGUAUUGACGCAAAAGCACCAUACAACGUUGGCGUCAGCGGGAAUGGUCGCAAGGUUGACUACUGGCGUGAUGGCACACACGCCUUCUCGUGCACAACGCUUGAGUAUUGCGGGGCCGCCCUGGUUGCUCUGUUAAAGCAUCCGGAGGUCGGGAUCAACCAGCGAGUCUUUCUGUCGCCAUUUGAGGCUUCCCAGAGAGAGAUUAUAGCAGAGCUGGAGAGCCAGCUGAAUGUCGAAUUCGCCACUGCUCAUGCAGAUGACAAGAAGAUUGUGCAGGGAGCACAGACCGACUGGAAGCAGACCAAGAAUGUGUUUUCUGCUUACCAGCUCGUCUCAGCGGGCAUAUUGCUGCCGGAAUACAAGAGCGGUUUCGAGAGCUCCGGCAAGGCGCCCAUUCUAGAACACCUAUUGGAGAUGCCAAAGUUGACGCUCAAAGGUAUUGUGGCGGAGUGGAUCGCAGCUGACAAGUCGAGCAGCGAGCCAAUGGCUACGGCAUAG